AGACACUGGCAAAUCAUCCAACACAUUUCCACUUCACCACACACACACACACACACACACACACACACACACACACACCAAAUCAAUCCAACUGAUCCUACUAGGCAGGGACUUGGUAUUAUUCUGGUACUUCUCUGCCCAAAUAUCCAUCCAUCCAAUCAAACCCCCUCUGGACUUCAUGCCAAGUCUAGCCCAGCCCAGCCCAGCCCAGUACAAUCUCCUUGAUGCAAACCUCUCGGUAUCAUUUCCAUGCAUAUACUACCCUAAGAGCCAAACUCUGCUGUUUUACCCAAUCUAAAUAAUGCUUAUAGUGGUAUCAAAACAUCCAAAAAGGAAACCCCAUUGAAAAAAAAAAGAUGUGUCAUGAUCCCAGGGAACAUAUUCCGGUUUCCCCCUGACUUCUUCACCUGCCCGCAUUUUGCCCCAGCAAAUCGGGUGGUCUUCCUUCGGGCCGUCCCCGGUUCCCCUCCCCCGGCAGGAUCCUUCCCCGGAUUUUUCUGAAAAGCGAUGUCUGUGGUGGUGGUGAGCGGCGAGUGACUCAUGAUCAUGGUGCGCUGAUAUGAUAAUCAGUGCGCCUCGUGCUUGGUGGCAUUUGGCAACUCCUCCAGCGCCUCCUUGAUGGUCUUGAGGGCGCUUCUAAGUUCAUCUUCGGUGAUGACCAGCGGUGGUGCGAAGCGAAUGAUGUUGCCGUGGGUCGGUUUGGCCUGUUCAGCAUGGUGGUGAGUUAUCAUUGUCGGGAACGGAAAAGGAAAGGGAGGCGAAAAAAAGACAUACCAAAACACCCUUAUCCUUCAACAACAUGCACAAAUCCCACGCCGUCCUCCCAUUCGUCUCGCUCUCAUCAAUCACCACCGCGUUCAACAACCCCCUCCCCCUCACCAGCUCCACAAUCUUGCUGUUGAACCCUCUGAUCUCGCUCCUGAAAAUCUCCCCCAGCUUCUGGGCCUUGUCGACCAAGCCUUCCUCUUCGACCAGCUCCAAAGCCUUGAUACUAACCGCGCACCCAAGCGGGUUUCCACCGUACGUGCUCCCGUGAGUGCCAGGCUCAAUAACCCCCAUAAUCUCCUUCGAGCUCAAAACACAACUGACAGGGUACAUCCCCCCGCUGAUCGCCUUCCCCAACGUCACCACAUCCGGCUUGAUCCCAUCCCACUCGCUGCACAGCAUCCUUCCCGUCCUCGCAAUCCCCGUCUGGAUCUCGUCGCAAAUCAAAAGCACAUUAUACUCCCUGCACAGUUGCUGAACUCUUUUGAGAUAUCCAUCCUCCGGCACCACCACCCCGGCCUCACCCUGAAUGGGCUCAAUAAUAAACGCCGCCGUCUCCUUCCCAAACUCCCCAAGUAUCUCCUCCACAUCCUCCACACUCCCAUACCUAAUCGCCUUCCCCGUGCUCGGGUGUCUCGCCCCAAUGAGCGGUACAUACGGCCCAUGAUUAUCCCUACUCUCCGGAUCAACACUCAGACUCACCGCCACCAUCGUCCUCCCGUGAAAGUUCCCAUCCACACUCCACACCCUCGCCUUCCCUUGCUCCACCCCCUUGACCUUGUACGCCCAUUUUCUUGCCAGUUUGAUGGCCGUCUCGACCGCCUCGGCGCCCGUGUUCAUGGGCAGGACCAUCUCGUACCCAAACACGUCCUUGACCUUCUUGGCCCACUGGGGAAAGACGUCGUUGUGGAAGGCGCGGGAGGAGAGGGUGAGGCGGGCGGCUUGGUCGGUGAGGGCUUUGAUGAGGGCGGGGUGGCAGUGGCCUUGGUUGACGGCGCUGUAGGCGGAGAGGAAGUCGAGGUAGUGGCGCCCUUCGGGGUCCCAGACGUGGCAGCCCGAGGCGCGGGCGAAGACAAUGGGGAGGGGGGAGUAGUUGUGGGCUGCGUAGGUGUUUUCUGUUGUGAUGGCUGUUGUGGUGGAGGAGGCGUGGUAGGGGUCGGUUGGUUUAGUGGUGGUGGUGGUGGAGGAGGAGGCGUGGGGGGCCAUGGUUGGAAUUGUUCGUGGUAUUGGGGGUUGGGUGAAUUGGUUGUUGAAUUGGCGGUUGUUCAAAGGUAGGCAAGAUAUGACGGUAGAUGGGAAGACAGACAGACGGACAAAGUAGUAGGCAAGAAGGUAAGUUUGCCCGCUGGGAGGAGAUUAAAUCAGCGGUGUAAGAACAAACAAAGCGUUGUCAAAACUACGCCACCUUUAUGAAAUUCCAACAAAACCUUGGAUGGCCAAUUGGUACUAAUGUAUGUAGAUUUCAAGCAGAAGAAGGCAAUGGGAAAACAAAAACAAUCGCAGAGAAAAAAGAGGGGAACAUAUAUAAAACCCGCCUCACCCUGCCUCUCCCUACCUUCACCCUCCCAAACCUACACUACCUCCGCUUCGGAAGGUGUUUGCCGUUGCAAUCAUGCAAUUCCACCGAACGACACUAUACCUCUAAGUGCAAGUCAGAUAGUCCCAAGACGCUCACAACACCUCACGUGGGCCCAGCAUCCUUGGACAGUCCCGCAAAAAGCAUGCCGAAGGAAACCGCUUUUAUCACGAAAGGUCUUGUAACCUUCCUUUAAAGUGUGACAGGUCCGGGGUCUUUCAGCUCAUGAAACUAGGGGUGUGGCCUGUCAUGGAAGUGGCGAUAUUAUUCAUACAAACUGGAAGCUUAAAACUUGAUAGGUACUCAGACACAAUACAUUCCCGAUACCGGAUAUCUUUCAGAAUCAAAGAUAGAUAGAUAGAAGGUGUCAUCCAUCCAUUGCUGUGAUGCUGUGGUUCCAGCGGGGGAGGGGCGGGCGGUGGGAAAUGCAGGGAUCUCUUGGGCUUUCAGCCAAUUGUGGGUCACUUGAUUACCGCAGCAAGCUUGGUAGGGCUGCGGGGGAACCAAUCAGCUGUAGGGGUGCUCCGUGUCAGAGCUGCCAGAUGGCAAGCAGCUCUGUCUGUCUGACCGACAGUUGACGCGACUUUGAAUGAGAUUAGGUGCGGCCCCUGAACUUCGUCGAGAACUACACUUGACGAGUCGUGUUUGAUGGUCAAGAUGGAGAAAGAUACUGUCAAGAAACCCCCAGGGCCGAGAAUAGAAAAGCCAGCCGAGAAAGAUGGCAGGGUGCACGCGCAGGUCGCGGCUGCUCAAGUCGGGGAUAUUCUCAGUGUGUUGCUGGCAUUUCGGUUCAUCAACUCUCUUUUUGUCAAGACAUUCUUUCAACCAGAUGAAUAUUUCCAGGCCUUGGAGCCGGCGUGGAGGAUGGCUUUUGGGGAAGGCAGUGGUGCUUGGAUAACUUGGGAAUGGGAAUAUCAACUACGGUCUUCACUUCACCCAGCCGUAUUUGGCGCCGCGUACAAGCUUGCCGAGACUGUCAUGAGUGCCAUGCAUUUGUUUCCACCCUUCAUCGCUUCCAUGUUGGUGGUUUUGCCAGGGGCUUUGCAGUCUGUGUUUGCUGCCUUGGGAGACUUUUACACGUGGAAGCUGGCCAUGGAUGUCUAUGGGAGGGAGAGUUAUGCUCCAUGGGCUGCUUUGUGGAUGACCGUUCUCAAUCCCUGGCAGUGGUACUGCUCAACAAGAACAUUUUCCAACUCUCUCGAGACAACCCUCACCAUUGCUGCUCUUUCCUACUGGCCUUGGGAGCUCCUUGCAGAUGCCAAGGAAACCAAAGAAGAGCGCCUGAAGCAAAAAGGGAGACUCAACAGCUUGAGAACAUCCCUCUUCCUAGCAGCCAUCGCCGUCCUCCUUCGCCCAACAAACCUCUUCAUCUGGCUUGGCAUCAUCGCCCUGACCCUCACCCGCCUCACUCUCGACGGCCAGUCCCCCAUCACACAAACCACCUUCCCUGCCCUCCUCAGAGAAACCGUCCUCUGUGGUUCCGUUGCCCUCGCUAUCUCGGUCGUCUCUGAUCGCCUCUACUUUGGCUUCUGGACCUUCCCUCCUUACAAAUGGCUCUACUUCAACAUGUCCCAGUCCGUCGCCGUCUUUUACGGCCGGAUGCCCUGGCACUAUUACCUCUCCCAAGGCAUUCCUCUCCUCACCACCACCUUCCUCCCCUUUGCCCUGCUGGGCAUCUACAAAGCCACCCUCACCUCCGCCAAACCCACCACCCUCCUCUCUGCCCGUCCAACAUUCCUCUCCACCACCUCAUCCAACACCCUCAAGACUUUGUCUUUUGCCCUCAUAGGCAUGAUCACCAUCCUCUCCCUAAUCUCCCACAAAGAAGUCCGCUUCAUCUACCCCCUCCUCCCCAUCCUGCACAUCCUCGCAGCACCCUACGUAACCAGCUUCUUCACCACCCCUCCCACCACCCUAUCCAAACCUUUGGUGCUGCGCCACAAAAUCUUCCUCGCUAACAUCCUCUCCAUCAACCUCCUCCUCGCGGGGUAUCUCUCCCUCUUCCACCAGCCCGCGCCCAUCUCUGUCCUUUCCUUCUUGAGAAGUGAAUACGAGCGCCUCCACCCUGACUCCCUUUCUUUGAGUGCUCCCCCACAGGAACAAAAGGAAUUAUUCGCCCUGUUCCUCACCCCCUGUCACACGACACCGUGGAGGUCGCAUCUUAUCUGGCCGGGGCUGAGGGCUAGGGCGUUGACCUGUGAGCCGCCGUUGCAUACUGCUCCGGGGACGCCUGAACGGGAAAACUAUCUUGACGAGGCGGAUAGGUUUUACGCGGAGGAUGCGGAGACGGGGAAGUAUGGGGGGGUGUUUCUGAGGCGGGAGAUGUGGCCGCAGUUUUUUGAUGGGGGUGACGGGAGAAAAGGGGAGGAGAUACCGAGGUUUGUGGUUGGUUUUGAGGGGAUUGAGGGGGUGUUGGGGGAGUUUUUUGGGGGUGACGGAGAAAAGAUGGGGGUGAAGAUGAAAAAGGUUUGGGAGGGAUGGAAUGGGCUUGUUAAUGAGGAUUGGAGGAGGGGUGGGAGGUUGGUUGUUUGGGACACGGGGGUUUAUCCUAAUGGCGGUGGGGAGGUGGUGGAUGGGGGAAGUAAAGAUGAGUUGUGA